UAACACAGAAUACCAAAAUGGUAAUCUAGGGUUUGAAGGAUCAUGUAGUGAUCUGUGGUUAUUGAUUUUCGUGGAUUUGUGUUUAGUGUGGGAAUAUUUAUAAUAUUCAUUUAUUGAAAAGUAAAAUACUCUUGUAUUUUAAACCAGCCACGUACUGAAUAAACAAACGUUUCUGUACAGGAAAUAUUUUACUUUUGUGUAAUAAUCGAACGGACGCAAUGUCAGGCAAUGGUGAUAGAUCCGCGUAUCCGGAGCAUGGUGAUGCUUAUUGGGGUGCACCUCAAAGCACUUAUAAUUUUGAUAUGACUGGCAACAAUUUUGGACAAGAAUUGAAUUUCCAAACUUUUGAUGCCGGUCAGCCGACUGAGGCUUCCUAUGCAGGAGGUCCAUUAUAUAGCGCUAAUCCUUAUAUGGACCCAUUAGGGGAACCUUCUGCCUACCAUGGCGGGGUAUUCACUCCAUCUGCAUCUUCAGAUAGUCAACCAGGAUUUGGAAAUGCCGCCUCGUCAUCCGACUUCGAGGAUGAACCACCGCUUCUGGAGGAACUCGGAAUCAAUCCAGAUCACAUCAUACAAAAGCCCAGAGACUGUUGGAUGAAAUGCGAAUCAUUGAAGUCAAAAAGGAACCAGGGUUCGACGAAUAAACGAAACAGGACUGCGAUGAGUAAUGUUUUGAUUUUCUUGACGGGCUGGAACGAACGUGAAGCGUGGAAUUGCUGGUCACUGACAUCUUUGAACACAUGCCUUUAUAAUUCGAGUGGUUUGCCUUUGUGCUGUGGUUUGUACCAUAUGAAUGAUGUUUUUAAUGUUUUAACGAUGGACGUUAAGGAAAAUAUAUAAUUUUGCAAUAUAAAC